AUGAUGUUACCAAGAAAGAAGCGCAAGAAGAAGGACCGGAAGUCAUUAGCACAGCAGGAUGUGGCUGAAAUACAGCACGCUGAAGAGUUUCUUAUAAAACCAGAAUCCAAAGUGGCUCAGUUGGACACAUCUCAGUGGCCCCUUUUGUUAAAGAAUUUUGAUAAGCUAAAUAUAAGGACAACACACUAUACUCCUCUUCCUUCUGGUUCAAAUCCUCUAAAAAGGGAAAUUGCUGACUAUAUCAGGACAGGUUUUAUUAACCUUGACAAGCCCUCCAAUCCCUCUUCCCAUGAAGUGGUGGCAUGGAUUCGGCGAAUACUUCGUGUUGAAAAGACAGGACACAGUGGUACCCUGGAUCCCAAGGUGACUGGCUGUCUAAUUGUGUGCAUAGAACGAGCAACCCGCUUGGUGAAAUCACAACAGAGCGCAGGCAAAGAGUAUGUAGGAAUUGUCCGGCUACACAAUGCUAUUGAAGGGAGCAUCCAGCUUUCUAGGGCACUAGAAACUCUGACAGGCGCCCUGUUCCAGAGACCUCCACUUAUUGCUGCGGUCAAGAGGCAGCUCCGUGUCCGGACCAUCUAUGAGAGCAAAAUGAUAGAGUAUGAUCCUGAGAGGAGAUUAGGAAUCUUUUGGGUGAGCUGUGAGGCUGGCACCUACAUUCGGACACUGUGUGUGCACCUUGGUUUGUUACUGGGAGUUGGAGGUCAGAUGCAGGAACUUCGGAGGGUUCGUUCUGGAGUUAUGAGUGAAAAGGACCAUAUGGUGACAAUGCAUGAUGUUCUGGAUGCCCAGUGGCUGUAUGAUAAUCACAAAGAUGAGAGCUACUUGCGGCGCAUUAUUUUCCCUCUGGAAAAGCUCUUGACGUCCCACAAAAGGCUGGUUAUGAAAGACAGUGCAGUGAACGCCAUCUGCUAUGGAGCGAAGAUCUUGCUUCCUGGUGUCCUUCGGUAUGAGGAUGGCAUUGAGGUCAACCAGGAGAUCGUAGUUAUCACCACUAAAGGGGAGGCCAUUUGCAUAGCUAUUGCAUUAAUGACCACAGCCGUGAUCUCCACCUGUGACCAUGGAGUAGUAGCUAAGAUCAAGAGAGUGAUCAUGGAGAGAGAUACAUACCCUCGGAAGUGGGGUUUAGGUCCAAAGGCAAGUGAGAAGAAGAAGAUGAUCAAGCAGGGCCUUUUGGACAAGCAUGGCAAGCCCACAGACAGCACCCCCACUGCGUGGACACAGGAAUAUGUUGACUACAGAGAUUCUGUGAAAGAAGAGGUGGUGGAAACUGUGGAGGUUCCACAGAUAGCUGUGGCAACUCUAGGAAUCACAAAACGGAAGCGAGAAAGUGAGAGUGAAAGUGACAAAGAGGCCUCUCUAGCUGCUCUACAGUUGAUCAAGAAGGAAAAGAAGAAGAGUAAAAAGGACAAAAAGGCCAAAUCUGCUCUAGAGAGUGAAGACAAGCCUGGAGAUAUGGACAGUGACACUACCAAAAAGAAGAAAAAGAAGAAGAAAGCAAAAGAAGCAGAAAUAGGUUCUGAAUAG